AUGUUUGAGUUAAAGGCUUCAUAUCAAAAGGUGCAGGAACCGUAUGAAAGCACUGAUAAUGUGCGCCCACCGUAUUAUCCCACUGCGUACCUCUGGGUCCAGCCCUUCUACUCAAAGAGCCAAAGCUUCCUGGAGCUGCAGCCUUCAUCAGACGCGUUCAGCUGUGCUAAACCCGCCGUUGUGGAGGCUCAGUACAUCAUACAGGGCAAAGGGUUUGAACCAGACCAGUGGUCCCUGGACUUCUUCUACAUGGUGAUGUCCAAAGGCAGCUUGGCUCAGUACGGACGUCUUUCAGUAACCAUGAAAAGUGGAUCAGAGAACAAAGGGAAGCUGACGUUUUUACUGCAGAAGAUUGAUGCUUUGGCUCCGUAUGCUCAGGUGGUGGUGUACACUGUGCUCCCGAGCGGAGAGGCCGUGGCCGACAGCAGGGAUUUCCCCAUUCAGCUGUGCCUGACCAACAAGGUGUCUUUGACGUUCCCCACUCCUACAGAGCUCCCUGGGGGUCAGACAUCCCUCAUCCUGAUAGCUGAGCCAAGGUCACUGUGCUCUGUGAAGGCCAUCGAUCGGAGUGUACUGCUGCUGAAACCAGAGAACGAGCUGAACCUUGACUUUGUCUUCAACUUGUUGCCAGUCCAGAGGUUGUCAGGAUAUCCGUACACCAUUUCUGAUGAGGAUCCGAACCCUUGCUAUCGCAAGCCACCUAUCUUCUUGCUAUCUUCCGCAAGCUACCCUCUUCCUGUCCUGGAUGCAGUGCCUCCUCAACUGGAACCAAGAUCCAAGCAUCGUUUUCUUCCUGUUGUCAACAGAAAUGUCGACGUAUACGACGUCUUUAAAGAUAUUGGAGUCAAGAUCCUCACCAAUGCUGAAAUAAAGAAGCCUGUGAAUUGCAAUGAUCCCAUCUUCUAUCCCAUGAUGGAGGGACCCAUGCUCUUUGCUAGAGAAGGGGUUGCAUUUGCUGCAAUGGACCCUGAACGUGAAAAUAAAAUUGAAAGUGAUGGUGGAAGUGGAAGUGAAGCGGUCCACACUGUCCGUAAAUUCUUUCCAGAGACUUGGGUUUGGGAUCUUGUUCAAGUGGGGCCUUCCGGAAUUAUGGGGGUUAAGAAAUCUGUCCCGGACUCCAUCACUUCAUGGACAGCUGGAGCAUUUUGUACCUCAUCAGUUGGGUUCGGAGUGGCACCAAAAGUUGAGCUCAUUGCCUUCCAGCCCUUCUUUGUUAGCCUGACCCUGCCUUACUCCAUCAUCCGUGGAGAAAUAUUUGUACUCAAGGCUUCUGUCUUCAACUAUCUCAAAAGCUGUGUUAUGGUAAAAGUGACGCUGGCAAACUCAGAGCAGUUCACAGCUCAGCAGUGUAUGGGAUGCCAGUACACUCGCUGUCUGUGUGCCGAAGAGAGCUGGACCUUCUUAUGGAGAAUCCGCCCACCGGACGGUGAGCUUAACGUGAGUGCAGAGGCCCUGACGACGACCGCGCUGUGUGAUAAUAAACCGGCCACUGUGCCAGAUAAAGGACGCAUUGACACUGUGGUGCAGACGCUGCUAGUGGAGGCAGAGGGAACCAAACAGUUCAACAGUUACAACGGGCUGCUCUGCCCAACAGGGGUCGCUGUUGAGACUACCAUCUCGCUGAAGCUGCCUGCGGUAAUUGUGGCAGGUUCUGCACAGCUUCAGUGUCUGUGCUGGGAGGACCUGAUGGGCCGUGCUCUGAGUAACAUAGACCGUCUGCUGGCCAUGCCGUACGGGUGUGGAGAACAGAACAUGCCUCUUGCCCCCAACAUCUACAUCCUCCUGUAUCUACAGAGUAGCGGACAGCUGACUACGGAGAUCCAUAAAGCCGAGACGUUCCUCGUGAGCGGCUACCAGAGAGAGCUGAGCUACAAACAUUAUGAUGGAUCUUACAGUGCUUUUGGGAACAGCGAUCCAUCCGGCAACACCUGGUUAACAGCGUUUGUGAUGAAGUCCUUUGCAAGUGCAAAGCAGUUCAUCUUUAUAGAUCAGCUGUAUGUGGACCAGGCCAAGACUUGGCUGGGUCAGCAGCAGCAGUAUAGCGGCUCCUUCGCCUCAGUGGGUCAGCUCUUCCACAGCGACAUGAAGGGAGGUGUAAAUGAUGAGGUGACCCUCACGGCGUAUAUCACAGCUGCACUGUUGGAGUUAGGCACUCCCCUCACAGAUCCAAUGGUACAAAAUGGUCUGAACUUCCUGAGAAAUGCCUUCACUCAGCUCAACUCCAUCUAUGCCACAGCUCUCCUCUCCUACACCUUCACUCUAGCUGGAGACCAGUACAUGAGGAUCAGGGCUCUCACCAUCCUGAACAGUCAGGCCAUAGUCGAAGCGGGAGGGCGACACUGGAGAAGAGAGAGUCAUCUGAAUGUGUUGGACUCUCUGGAGGUGGAGAUGACCUCAUAUGUGCUGCUGGCUCUGCUGUCUGGACCGGUGCUACAGACCUUUGAUAUGAGCUAUUCUGCUUCCAUCGCCCGUUGGCUGGCCCAGCAGCAGAACGCCUUUGGGGGAUUUGCAUCUACACAGGACACUGUGGUAGCUCUGCAGGCUCUGGCAAAAUACAGUGCUGCCACCUACUUGCUGACAGGCACAGUUGUAGUCACUGUGACUGGCCCUUCACCUCCAAAGAUAUUUACAGUCAGUCAGAGUAACAGGCUGCUGCUGCAGGAGUCCAGCCUGCAGGUCGUUCCCGGAGACUACACGGUCAAGGCUGAAGGCAAAGGCUGCGUGUUUGCACAGUUCUAUGUGCGCUACAACAUCCCUCCUCCAGCCGACUUCUCUUCCUUCAGCAUCUCAGCCAACACUGCUGGAAACUGCAGCAUCCCCAUUCCGUCUGUAAGCCUGUCUGUGACUGUCAGUUACAACGGUAAACGGCCACAGACCAACAUGGUGAUCAUCGAGGUCAAACUGCUGUCGGGCUUCCAGCUGGACAAGGAGUCUCUGAAACCGUCCAGUGAUAAAAUAAAUUCGAAUGAAGGAACAGUGAAGCGUGUGGAUCAGAAUGAGGGCACCGUCAUCAUCUACCUGGAUGGACUGCAAAAAGGAGACUCUAAGACUUACACUCUGGUCAUCCUGCGGGAGACGGUCGUGCAGAACCAGAAACCAGCCGUGGUGAAGGUGUACGACUACUACGAGACCAGUGACGUGGCUGUUGCUGAUUACAACUCCCCAUGCAAAUGACCCCACAGCUGGAACAGCGCCACCUAGAGAGACAAGGUUUAGAUAGUGUAUGAUCACAGUGUUUCUGUCUCACCGCCGUCCGUUCUGUGAGCUGAAAUCUGAAAUAAAUCUGAUUGCA